AUGGCCACGACAAGGGCAGCACUCGUCGCACGCACACUCUUGGCCGGCGCAGCUACCCGCUCGCAGCCCGCGCCCGCCAGCCGCGCUGCCCGCGCCUUUUCCUCCCACCCGCCGUCCCUCUUCGCGUGGACAGCAGCCACCCGCUCGGACGCACCCCUGCCCUGGUUCGUCGACCAAGAGACUGCUCCAACCGCCUCACCGCAACCGGCGUCGCCGCAACUCGCCACCGCCCCAGUCCCGACCCCUCCGCCUCCUCACCUUCCCCCGGCGCUCCACCCGCUUCACGCCUACCUCUCGACGAGCCCGUUCCUCGACCGCGACGAGCUCGCCUACAUCCACGCCCGCGAGGCCGACCCCGAGGGCAGCUGGUGCGACUGGGUCGUCGUCGCGACCCUCAAGGAGGGCAGGGAGCGCGGCAUUCGAGGUGCGGUAGAGGGCGUCCGGCGGCAUCUGGCGACCAACCCCGUCGACCUGUCCUCGGCCAUCGACCUCCCCUUUGCCCCUCCCUCGACCUCGCCGCUCAUCCACGGCCUCCCCGCCCAGCCGUCCAAGCACGCCCGGUCGCGCGCCUCGCGCUCGGCGCGCAGCUCGACAUCGCCCUCGCGCAGCGACAACGCGAGCGGGUGGGCCAUGCUCGACGCCGGCACGCUCGUCGUGCACGUCUUUACGCGCGAGGGCCGCGAGCUGUACGGGCGCGGGAUCGAGGACCUGUGGGAGGGCAUCGGCGAGGAGGAGCGCGGCGAGGGCUGGAGGAGCGCGAGGGCGAGGGCCGAGGACGAGCUGAGGGAGAGGGAACUCGGCGCCAACAUGGACAAGGUCCGGCGUGAGCUUGCGGCUGAGGCGGCGCAGGGCGGUCCGGCGCCUCGAUAGGGUCGCGCAGAGUGCAACGACGGUCUCGUCGGAGCA